AUGUUCGACCUCCUCGUCGUCGGCGCCGGCCUCAGCGGACUGCAAGCCGCCCUCUCCGCCCAACAAGCAGGCCUCACCGUCGCAGUCAUCGAAGCCCGCGACCGCGUCGGCGGCAAAAUCUGGAGUGUGCCUCUUGCUUCAGGGCGCGGGUACGCUGAUCUCGGAGGCGCAUGGAUCAACAAGUCGCUGCAAAAAAGGGUGGGCGCGUACGUGGACAAAUUCGGUCUGAAGACAGUUGUUCAGAGGCUGGAAGGCAAAGCCGUCAUGCAGCAGGCGCCCGGGGAGAGAUUCGAGUUUCCGUUUGGCGUUACGCCGAGUGAUUUCUCUCCUGAAGAAAAGAAGAGCCUCGAGAUGGUGCGCGACCAUAUUCAGGCUGAGUCGCUGAAGCCCGGACCGCCGAGGCUCGAAGACGACAACGUCAGUUUGGAUCAGUAUGUGCGUGAUCUGGGUGCGUUACCGGGGACCAUCAAGAUGGUGAAUAUCUGGGCGCAGGUCAUGCACGGCUUAGACUCGACGGAGUACUCGGCAGCCUGGUUUAUCGACUACUGUCGCAAGAAUCGGGGGCUGUUGGCUAUCCGGGCUGACGAUGCAAGUGGAGGGCAGCAUUUGCGGUUCAGGGAUGGCGCCCAAUCCCUCGCCACCAACAUCGCAGCCCUCGUCGGCGCCCCAAACAUCCACCUCUCCUCCCCCGUGACCAGCAUAACCGACCACGGCUCCUACACAAGCAUAACAACCACAACCGGACAGACCUUCACCGGCCGCAAAACCAUCAUCUCCAUCCCAAGCACCAUGUACAAAGAACUCAACAUCCAGCCUCCUCUCCCUCCGCGUCUACAAGCCAUCACAAACGCCACCACGCUCGGCGACUACAACAAAGCGAUCGUGUGCUACGACCGCCCCUGGUGGCGCGAGCACGGGUUCAACGGCUACUUCGCCUCGUACGUUGGGCCCGUCAUUCUCGCACGCGAUACAUCCGUCGACGAAGUGGGCAACUACUGCCUAACGUGCUUUGUGAAUGGGAAGCCCGGUCGGGGGUGGGGGAGGCUGCGGGCGCAUGAGCGGCGGGCUGCGGUGCUUGCUCAGCUUGCGCAGAUCUUCGGGCAUGAGGAGGAGGUGUACAAGCCGAUUGAGUUCUUUGACCAGAUCUGGCAGGCUGAGAGGUAUAGUCGGGGGGCGUUGGCGCCGAUUACGGCGUUGGGCCAUCUGGUGGAGUAUGUGGAUGUGUAUGGGAGGGCUGUUGGGAAUCUGCACUUUGUGGGCACGGAAUAUAGUCCUGAGUGGAAGGGGUAUAUGGAGGGGGCGAUUUGUUCGGGGGAGGUUGGGGCGGGCGAGGUUGUGCAGGCGUUGAAGGGGAGGGAGAGGGCGAAUUUGUAG